GGACAUGAACCUGAGAGGGAUGAACUCAAUAAAACAAAUAUGCGAAACGUGGAUGAAGUCACAAUGAAGAAAAUUUUAAUGGAAAAACGACUUGAAAUAUAACACGAGUAUGCCUUCAUCACUAAAGAUGUAAAAGAGGACAUCCAGAUCCUAAGAUCGGAAUGAUUACUUUUUCUAUUAGCCCAGGCUAGGGAGAGAUGCAGUAUCAAACAGUCCCCAACCCCAGUGACUUAGCACAAGGAGGAGUAUUUGACAGGCACACCAGGAACUUAAUGUGUACAGUGGCGGCUCUGCCUGUACUGAGGUUUCUUGGUUCCUUGCAUCUGGUGUUAUUAUUUUGCAAGGUGUUCUCCUAGGGUUCUGCCAUGCAUCAAGCAGGAAGAGAGGACUAUAUCUGAGAAUGUUUUACAAUCCUGAAGAGGGAAACCACACACCUACUCAUGCUUUAUCCUCCAAACCACGUGGCAUAGCAGUCAGCCAAACUGGAAAAGAAAUAGAAACAAGAUUGGAGCUUAUUUGGUCAGUCUCUACUCACACAUGAAAGGUUACAACAAUUCUAGUUAAAAAUGAUAGAAGUAAAAAAAUAAAGACAUGCUUUCUUUUAUUUCAUAUAGCAGAUAAAUGUCCUACUUUGUUUAGGCACUAUUUCAUGUGCUAAAUAAAGAGGAAGUUAUAGAAAGUUUCAACAUUCGUGCCACUGUAGGACUUAAAAUCCUACUUGUGGAAAGUACAAAAAUCAAGAAUUCUCCGGAGAGCUGUCGAAUGUUAUUAAAACGGAGCAAAGGAGCGGAUGCACAGAAAUUCCCACAAUGUGUACCCUGUUGGCAGUCAUGUCCAGUCCAGUUCUGCUGAGCAAAAGAAGGGGAAAUUCCAAAUCUGGCCAGAAUGGAGUGAAUCUGAUAUAAAUGCAGAAAAGUGGGAUGCAGGCAAAGGAGGGAAAGAAAAGGACAAAGCAGGGAAGAGCCCUGUACUUCAUUUCUUUGAAGAUCCUGAAGGAAAGAUCGAAUUGCCACCAUCGUUGAAAAUUUAUUCCUGGAAACGUCCACAGGAUUUUGUGACAAAUCGGACUCCAGUAGUUGUGAAAGAUGAGAUCACAUUUGAUUUGUUUUCAACAAAUGAACAUUUAUUCUGCAGUGAGUUGAUGAGGUGGAUUAUCAGUGAAAUCUGUGCAGUAUGGAAAAUAUUCAAUGGCGAGAUUUUAAGCAAUUUUAAAACAGCUUCUGGGGAAACUCCUGUUCUCUUCUGGAAACCUUGGGAACAUAUAUAUUCCCUGUGCAAGGCUGUGAAAGGCCAUAUGCCUUUGUUCAAUAGCUAUGGAAAGUAUGUGGUGAAACUUUACUGGAUGGGUUGCUGGAGAAAGAUAACUAUUGAUGAUUUUCUACCUUUUGAUGAAGAUAACAAACUGUUGCUUCCAACCACAACCUGUGAAUUCGAACUCUGGCCAAUGCUGCUGUGUAAAGCUAUCAUUAAGCUGGCAAAUGUUGACAUUCAUGAAGCACAGAGGAGAGAAUUGGGAGAGUUCACAGUUAUCCACGCACUCACAGGAUGGUUACCAGAAGUCAUUCCUCUUCACGAAGGAUAUGUGGACAAAGUUUGGGAGUUCCUGAAAGAAAUCCUGCCUGAGUUUAAGCUGUCAGAUGAGCCCAGCUUUGAAAACAAAAUAACAGUGAUAGAUACAAAGAUAAAAGAAGCAGUAAAAACUGCAAAGGACGGCAAAGAAGGAAAAGAUGGCAAAGAUGGCAAAGAAGGAAAAGACGGAAAGGAAGUGAAAGACUCCAAGGAAUUCAAACCCGAAUCUUCCGCAACUACUCUGAAAGGACCUGAGAAAAGUGACAGAUUUCUCAAGGAUGCAAAAGACCCCGGGAAGAAGAGAAAUAAAGAUGGAGACAAAGAAAAGGACAAGGACAAAUUCAAACUGUCUCGACAUGGUUCAAGACCCUCGUCCGAUGUGUAUAACUCUGUGCAGUCCCUGUCAGAUUGUUCUUCACCAACGCAGUCCCCUUAUAUGGCUGUAUAUGCCACAUUUAAGCCUCUCUAUUUGUAUGAAAAAAAUAUCUUUACAUUAAGGAAUAUGGCGGACUCUGCUGAAAAGGUUAGAGAAUAUGGACUUUCCCAUAUCUGUAGCCAUCCUGUGCUGGUGACAAGAAGUAGGUCUUGUCCCCUUGUAGCACCAUCAAAACCACCCCUGAUACCACCGUGGAAACUCAUUCGCUAUAAAAAAGAAACUGUGAUAACAGAUGAACCGCAAGUUUCAGUAAUAAAGAAGCCUGAACAGUUUCUUGAGAUCUCAAGUCCAUUUUUGAAUUAUAGAAUGACUCCAUUUAGAGUUCCAAAAAGAACGCAUAAUGUACAAUCUGUUAUUAAGAAAGGAUUGCCUCUAGAAUCUGGUUUAUUGUCCAUCACAGAAACUGAUGAAACUGAAGACUUCAACCAGUCAGAAUUGGAUCAGGUGAUGGGGGCUCCAACUCAGGCUAAUACUGUCCCACAAUCUGUUCCUGUUAAAGAAGAGCAAACAGUCCCUCGACUGAGUGAUGCUCAUCAAACCGAUGGUCUUCCUUUGGAUAAAAUUUUGGUCAGUCAAACAACAGCAACAGUAGAAAAAUCACAGGAUGACUUUGCAGUAGUUCAUAAUGGUGAUUCCAAAGAAACUUGGUUAGAUUUUGAAGACUUCUGUGUGUGCUUCCAGCACGUAAUCAUUUUCCACAAGCCAGGUUCUUACUGCCUUACCUUUCAAAAAUCAGAAUUUAAGUUCUCAGAAGAACGUGUGUCGUACUAUCUAUUUGUGGACAACCUAAAACCUAUUGAACUACUGGUUUGUUUUUCUGCACUGGUACGCUGGGGGGAAUCUGGAGCUUUAACUAAAGACAGCCCUCGUGUGGAGCCUGGACUCCUAACAGGUGAAACGAUUACUUGGAAGUCUCUGAAGCCACUCAGUUCUGUUCUGAGGAUUCACACGUAUGCCACCAAGGCCGCCAUGGUGCAGCUGCCUGCAGGGAGACACAUGCUGCUCUUCACCGCGUACUCCCCCGUGGGCCACUCCAUACAUGUCUGCAGCAUGGUGACUUUUGUCAUGGGGGAUGAAGAUAUUGUGCUACCCCACUUUGAACAGGAGAGCUACCGAUUUACAGAGCAGUCUCUAGUGAUUUUGAAAGCUGUUGGAAAUGUGAUGGUUAAUUUCAAAGAUAAGGCUAAACUUUCUGCAGCUCUGAAAGAUCUGCAAGCAGCUCACCUCCCUGUCACUCUUCAUGAUAAGGAGCUUACUGCCCAGCACUUCAGGGUUUUUCAUGUUUCUUUAUGGCGUUUAAUGAAAAAAGCUCAACUAGCAAAGCUUUCUUCAAGCUUCAAAUUUGCAUUCCGGGCUCUGGUUUUGGAUGUGGAAACUCUUGAUCUCAUCUCAGAGGAUGCUUCUAUAGCCGAAUGGGGAGACAUUAAAUAUCCCACAUCAACAAAGGAGAAAGAGUGUCCUCCUGAGGAAGUAUCAGCGGCAAUUAAAAUUCAAACCAGGUGGAGAGGGAUGUAUGUUAGGCUCCUUAUGAAAGCCAGAACACCAGGCACAAAGGAAAAUCUCAGUGUUGCAGAUGCUCUUCAGAAAAUUUGGGCAAUAUUGGAACUGAAUUUAGAACAAUAUGCACUGUCUCUGUUAAGAAUCAUGUUUAAAACUAAGUGCAAGUCUCUUGAAUACUAUCCAUGCUAUCAAGAUGAAGACACUAAGCUUGCUUUUGCUGACUAUAUUUUGACCUAUCCAGAUCAGCCACCAAAUUCACCAUUUAUAGUAUUCAGAGAAACAUUUUUUAUUCCUCAAGAUAUGAUUUUGGUUCCCAAAAUGUAUACUACACUUCGAAUUUGCGUACUACACGUUGUUAAUAAUGACACAAUGGAACAAGUGCCAAAGGUCUUCCAUAAAGUGGUGCCUUAUCUUUAUACCAAGAAUAAGAAGGGAUACACGUUCGUGGCAGAAGCAUUUAGUGGUGACAUGUUUGUGCCGGCCUCACAAUGGAAACUGCGCCUCAUUGGCCCUUACACCCCGCUUCCAUUCCUCUCCCGAGAAACUCCAUGCAACACCUUCUCCAUAAAGGAAAUCAGAGACUACUACAUACCUAAUGAUAAGAAAAUUUUAUUCAGGUACUCUGUUAAAGUGGCAUUAGUACAACCUAUUACAAUACAAGUGCGCACAUCCAAGCCAGAUGCUUUCAUCAAGCUGCAGGUGCUAGAAAACGAAGAAACUAUGGUGAGCUCCACUGGAAAAGGCCAAGCUAUAAUCCCAGCGUUUACUUUCUUGGGGAAUGAGAAAUCUGUGAGUUUCCAGUCUAACAAGAAAGUUCUUCCAUAUCAUAGUCCACCCAAGAAAGAGUCAGAAGUAUAUACUAAGAAGAAAUCUGCUCCAGGAAGUCAAAAACCCUACAAGAGUAGACGCGGAAGUGUGUUAGUAGACAGUGCCCUGCCUCUGUUGGAAGACGAAGUAAUCACUGUGCUCCCCACUACAGAAGAGAAUUCUGCCAUGCCCCAGCAGGAAUACAAGUAUAUCAUACAGUGUUUGGUGCUGUAUAACAGUUGGCCUCUCACUGAAAGUCAGUUGACAUUUGUCCAAGCAUUGAAGGACUUAGAGAAAAAAGAUAUGAAAGAGAAACACGAGGAGUCAGUUACUGUGGGAAGCCCAGAUUCUCAUACUAUUAGUGAGGGGCAAAAAUCUUCAGGAACUUCCAAAACAACAAGGAAAGGCAAUGAAAAGUCUUCUGAGAAAGAAAAGGCAGCCCAAGAAAAGCAAGCGUCGCGCAUUGAGCCUCAGACGUCGACUGUUCACCCUCAACAAGAAGACCCAAACAAACCCUACUGGAUUUUGAGGUUGUUCUCUGAACACAGUGAAUCAGAAUUCUUUGAAGUAAAAAAAGAUACAGAACGAGCAGAUGAAAUCCGAGCCAUGAAGGAAGCCUGGGAGAAGAAUGAACCGGGAAGAGCAGUCAAGGCAUCUCAGGCUCGGCUGCGGUACCUCAGCCGGUUAUUUAAGAAACCAUUUGAUGUCCCCGAAAGUGUGACUGUGAGCGAAACCCCCGCUAAGCCCAAAGAAGAAGCAGGGCCACACCCACGAGCCUCAUCACUUUUGAAAACAUCUCCACGACUCAUUCGAAAAGCACUGGAAUUUACAGACUUAAAUCAAUAUGUACGGAAAACAAAGGAUGAAGCCCUGCUGCAAACAGAUGAUCUGAAGCAGCAGCAAGCGAUGCAGAAGGCAGAAGAAAUUUAUCAGUUUCAGCAGUACAGGCACAGUAUCCUUAGCUCCAGAGAGACUGAUAGGAAAGAACAGUUUAAUGAGGUCCUGAACAAGUACGCACAAAUGCAGGACUCCUUAGAUGAAGCCCGACAGAAAAUCUUGGACAUUCGAGAAGAGUACAGACGGAAGGUGCUAGAAGCCCAGCGCCUAAAGUUGGAGGCACAAACGGCUCAGGAGUCAGAGGCAGAAAAGAAAGAGACAGAAAAGAAGGCCCCAGUUCCUGCCACCCAGAAAAGAAAGAAAAAGUAACCAGUACUACUUGUCAGUUGAAGAAAACACUGACUAUGAAGCCAAGUGAAAAUAGACAUUUUCAUUAUUUUAGAAAUAGUUUCUACAUUUUAACAUUAGUUUUUUGCAUAUAGUUAGCCUCUGUAGCCAUUAGGGUUUAAAAUGGUCUGAUUUCAAUAAUAGCAAACAUUUAGGUUGUGUGAUAUUCUGAAUUACUUCCAGUUUUAAUUGUUAGUAAACCAAGAUCAUCAAUGAGCCAGCUGGCUUGUUUUUGAAAAAUUGAACAACAUGCAAAAUAGUUGUUGACCUUAAAAGAAAUUUUGUUUCAAAUUAUAAGACUUUAAAUAUUAAUAAAUAUGCCUUGGAACUGUGUUAUUGUUACAGAAGCUGCACUUCAAUAAAGCUCUUUCAUUGGCAAAGCC